AUGGCGCCACGCUUGGCAUGGAUUGGCCUCGGCAACAUGGGAAGAGGCAUGGUGAAGAAUAUCGUCGAGAAAGGUGAAUUUUCGGGCCCCGUCAUUAUCUACAAUCGAACUGCUGCCCGAGCCGAGAAACUUGUGUCGACCCUUCCUGAAGGCAAAGCGAAAGUCGUCACUUCUAUCCCUGAUGCAGUCAAGGAGGCCGACAUCAUCUUCACUUGCGUCUCGGACGAUGCUGCGAUUGAAGAGACGAUUGACGCAGCUUUGAAGGUGCCGGAAGCCAAGGGCAAGCUGUUCGUGGAUUGCUCGACCGUCCACCCAGAUACAACCGACAAGCUGGCCAAGAACAUCAACAGCGCUGGUGCCCAAUUCGUAGCAAAUCCAGUGUUUGGUGCGCCAGCCAUGGCCGACAACGGUCAAUUAGUCUGCGUUCUUGCUGGACCAAAAGCACUGGUGGACAAGGUUCUGCCAUACUGCAAGGGUGUCAUGGGUCGGGCUGAGAUCAACUACUCCGAUCAGCCUCAUGGAGCGGCAACCCGACUAAAGAUCAUCGGCAAUACCUUCAUCGUGCAAAUGAUUGAGGCAUUAUCAGAAGGACAUACGCUGGCCGAGAAGAGUGGACUUGGAGUCGACAAUUUACAUCAAUUUAUCGAGACCAUGUUUCAAGGUCCUUAUACCGCUUACAGCAAACGUCUCAUGACUGGAGAUUACUACAACCGCGUGGAACCUCUUUUCCAGGCUAAACUAGCGCGCAAGGAUGCAGGCCAUGCACUGAACUUGGCCAAAUCUUGCGGUGCGAGAAUGCGAGCUGUGGAGCUGGCAGACGAACAUCUCAAAGCCGUGGUCGAUCACGCAGGGGACAAGGGCGAUAUCGCCGGCAUCUACGGAGCAGUCAGAAAGGAGUCUGGACUUCCGUUCGAGAACAAGAGAUGA